GAGCACUUGGUCUCAGCAUACCCGGACAUUAUCAAAGCUUCCUGCGACUCGCCCGACAGGUUGAGCAACCUCUCGCGCGGGCUGCAGAAAAUCGGCUCAGCGUCGCCCGGUUCGGUCACAGGAGGGCCUUUGCCGACCACUCUCCUUCGCGUGGCCGCCACAAAUUCCGGGCCUUCCGACGAGGCCGCUACUUCGUCGAGCACGGUACGCUUCUGUGAGGAGAUCGCCAUUCGAGCCUGGAGGAUGCGUCAUGCCGACAGCCCUUGGCACAAUGAAACAGCCGAGAAUAUGUGCAUCCUCUUAGACCCGGAUGUCUCUGCUGACAUCUUUCCUUCCGAAGGCGUUAGUUCUCGCCCGUCUCAAGCGUCCAUACCGCACUGGAGCCGAAUAGGCUCGCUGUGCCACGCCGCCUCAGGAGACGUGUGCCGCUGGGAACUUCUGCCGCCUCCACCACAUACCCUACAGCUCGACGCUCCCACUAGCCUACCACUACGUGUUGGCCUUGCGAUCGCCUCCUGGGCUGAAGAAGCUUGUCGAGCCAUCGCGGCAUGCGUCGACCGCGCACCACACCAGCCCGUCAUUUUGCACUGCCCGGGUAUUUGGGCCUGCAUACCCUCUGCGCAUGCCUGGUGCCUCGACUUGGGCUUUUCAUGCUCGGAUGCUGGACUGCGUUCGCCGUCGCUGUAG